AUGCCACGAAUCAUUGGAACAGGCCUUCGGGCUUUGGAAUUCGUCUUUACGGUCAUCCUUCUCGGUCUGGUCGGUUCUCUGGAGGCUAACAGCAGCCAUAACCCAGAGAGCAUUCACUACUCCAUGUUCACCGCGGCGUUUUCGAUGCUCUUCCUGUUCUAUCUGAUCCCUGCUACUUGGUCCGAUUCAUUCACCUUCCAUCCGAUUUUUCCCAUCGUUCUGGAUUCUCUGAACGUCAUCUUCACUUUCUGUGCUGCCGUCACCUUGGCUGCAAGAACUAAGGGCGAUAGCUGCUCAAACCACGGCUUCCUUAACUCCAAUGAGAUUGCAUUGGGUUCUGAGCAUCGUUGCCGCGAGGCGCAAGCUGCUUGCGCCUUCUUUUGGUUCCUCUGGGCUUGCUAUGUCGGCAGUCUGAUCAGCUCAAUCGUCGGUGGAAGGUCAAGUACCAACCUCCAUUCUAGUUCAUCUGCUCGACGCCCGGGCAUGUCUCAAGUGUAG